AUGCCCUAUCUCCGUCUGCAGGGUGAAAAAUCUCUGGGUCUAUACAUCCUUUUGGUCACUCAUGGGAUUCACGGGCCAUUGUUCAGUCAUACAAGCCGUGAACGCACAUCGCUUUACAGUCAGGCACUUUGCCGUGCUGAGCUUUGCGACACGCAGUGCGUCACACGCACCUGGUUUCCGGCACGCGGACGGUUAAAAGGCGUCAACGGACCUCGAAGGUGGUUUCCCAGCCGGCGGACGUCGAGAGUUUUCCUCAGCGGCCUGCCGGCAGCUUUCCGGAGACUGGUGUGCCAUCAAAAUAACUUAAGCAUCCAGCGGGCAGACAUGGCAUCCCGGAACAACUGUAAAAUGUCUGCGUCCCUUCUAACUCAUAAAGCAGUCAUAAUUUUGGAGCUGCGGUGGGCCCUGGAAAUGCGAGCCUCAGAAGGGUUUACAGGGCAGAAAAAACCUCAGACACCUGAAAUUCGCGAAAUUGAAGAAACAAAAGCCAUUGUGGAUACCAUGAACCAUUUCCAGGUUAUCUCUCAAACUAUUCAAAGGCUGGAAAAGAAGAUUGAUAACAUGGAUAACAAAGUAACGAAAAUUUAUUACUCUCGUGCCAGAUCCUUUUGGCAUUAUCCUCCUUUUAAAUUAGUAUCUAGAAGAUACAAUUACCUGAGAUCUAAAAGACCUAAACUCCAGAAAGAGAGCCAAGUAGUUCAUGAUGAAAGCUUCUCCUAUCCUCAUAGUUACAGUCCAACUUCACCAGUCCGCACAAGGGAUGAAGCGAGCUUUGAUGUAGAGAACGAAGAGACUAUAGAUUACACCCAGACAUACCAGUGCCCUGAUAUUAUUGACGACGCCCAGAUGUUCCAGACCCCUGACUAUGUUGACAAUGCCCAGACAUUCCAGAACCCUGAUUCUAUUGACAAUGCCCAGACAUACCAGGAUGCUGAUUCUAUGGACAACACCGAAAGUAUCCAGAACACUGAGAACGAUGCUGUGUUCCAUUCAGAUGAUUCCCUGGGAGUGAGACCUAUCAGUUCUUCAUCAGAGAGUAACCUUCCAGAAAGUCCACUGAGUCCUAGAUAUACUCCCCAAAACUACCAUUGCAGUUUUCAAGGAAUUCCUGGCUCUUCUACAAUGACCCACUGCAGUGACUUUGAAAAUCCCAACUUGCACACCACCAUUUCUUCUGCUUCAACAAUAUUGAGAGGAAGCAACCUCCCUCGAGAGGAGCUCAUCCCCAUCAGGAAUCCUGAAAUGAAGCGAUUGGCCUUACUGGAGGCCCAGAGUACACCUGUGAUUGAUCCUAAUACUUUUGGUUUGUCAUCCAGUUGUACCAAGGCUGUUGUGAAAGGCCUUGGAAAGCCUUUAAACUGGUCUGUGAAUGACGUGGUAACAUUUCUGAACCGUUUAGAUCCUCCGUUGGCAGACCAACUCUACACCACCAUCAGAGAACAUGACAUUGAUGGGAAAGCCUUGCUGUUGCUCAACACUGAUAUAAUGAUAAAAUAUAUGAGGAUGAAGGUGGGAGUAGCCUUGAAGCUCAGCAGCUAUAUUCAAAAGCUUCAAAAAGGAGUAAACUGUCGCCCAUAAAAUAAUUGUAGAACUUUAAAUGUUCUCAUAAAGUCCUUCCUAAUGCACAACUAACUUCCUAUGUUUAUUAGUUUUUGUUUUGGAGAAGGUUCACGUAAAAU